AUGUUGUCCCUCGUUCUACGCUCUUUAACGUCGGAUCAUGGUCUCGUUCCUCGUAAGUGGGAGUUCCGCGAGGAAGCUCCCCUGCUGGGGUCCGAUCGUUCACUCUUUAUUGCCAUGGGAAUCAUUGCGCUGAUGUCCCUGGUGUCCUCUCUUUUCCUACUUGCGUUUCUGACCUACCGAUUCAUUUACUGGCAACGAUACUACAAAAACCCGCUGGCAAAGAACCAAUAUGUCGUGCUGAUUUAUAACUUGCUGUUGGUGGACUUGCAGCAAUCCAUCGGUUUCUUGAUCUCUCUCUAUUGGGUAUCGAGAGGUGGUGUUCACUUUGGCGAAGCUGCCUGUUACUUGCAAGGAUGGUGGAUUCAGACAGGUGAUCCUGGCAGUGGAUUGUUCGUCUUGUCGAUUGCUCUCCAUACCGGUGCAGUCGUUCUGCGUGGUCGUCAAGUGACAUUCAAAACCUUUAUCUGGUGUGUGGUCGGACUUUGGGCGUUCAUUUUGGUUCUGGGAUUCAUCCCCGUUGGAUUAUACGGAAAAGAGGUCUUUGUGAUCUCCGAGGCUAACUGGUGCUGGUUGAGCCCCGAUCAUGAAGAUGAACGUCUUUGGGGUCACUACUUCUGGAUUUUCGUCUCCGAAUUCGGCACCGUCGUUCUCUACGCCAUGAUGUUCUUCUACCUACGACGCCGUAUGCAACAAGCGAAACAACUGCGCCGGGGCCAACAAGAAAGUCUGCAGCGUCUCAAUCGGGUCGUCAUUUACAUGGUUGUCUACCCUCUGGUGUAUCUCGUUUUGUCUCUGCCUCUUGCCGCCGGUCGUAUGGCCACUGCACGUGGGAGUGCACCCAGCAAAACCUACUUUGGUGUUGCCGGUUGCUUGAUGGCCUUGUCCGGUUUCUUCGAUGUCUUGGUUUACACCCUGACCCGUCGCCAUCUCCUGAUCGACACCGAGCACAGCACUACCGAUCACAAUUACGACAACACAGACUCGCAGUGGCAGACCAACAUCACCACGAAUGCUGUUGGAGGCUCAAAGCCACGCAGCAAGAAAUACCGCAGCAAAGGCGGAUCUCGCUUUGGCUCCCGAUUCCGUCCAUCUUCGAACCCGGACGUCAAGCGAACCAGUCCCUUCGACGACUCGACCGAUGAUAUCGUUCCUAAGAGUGAAGUGGAAAUGAACAACUUUGGUGGUGUGAUUCAAGAAACCACGAUCGAGAUCUUACACGAGCCGGUCUCCGCAUAUGAGUCUGAUGAACACACGGAGCGUCGCAACAGCUGA